AUGACCAUCUCCAGCAACGCUUCCGCCCCACUCAUUGCCGUCGUGGGCUCCACGGGGCUUCAGGGAGGCAGCGUCAUCAACAACUUGGCCGCUUCCACAUUGCCCUACCGUGUCAGAGGACUGACAAGAGAUGUCACGAAGCCAAAAGCAAAGGCUCUCGAGAAUCAAGGCGUCGAGGUGGUCUCUUGCAACCUCAGUGCGGACAACGCGGCUGGCAUUGAGAAGGCAUUUGCCGGCGCCAAAUACGUAUUCAUCAUGACCAACUUCUGGGAACACAUGGACGAGCACCGGGAGGCGGCUGAAGGAAAGGCCAUGGUCGAGGCUGCCAAGAACGUGGGCGUCAAGUUACUCUUGAUCUCCUCAGAGGCCAACGCGACCACGGUUUCGGGCGGCAAACUUACAAAGGUGUACCAUUUCGAUUCCAAGGCAUUCAUCUCUGACCAUGCGCGGAGCCUUGGAGUUCCGUUCGUCGACAUAUUCGCUGGUGGUUAUAUGAACAACUUCACCACCUUCUGCCGGCCGCGUCCCGCUGGAGACGGCACCUAUGUCGUCGAUGGCGUCUGGUCCGAGGACACCCAGAUGCCGCUUCUGGAUACGUACCACGACUUUGGCCUUUUUGUCCGGCUGGCAAUCGAGUCGGGCGAGUUCAAUCGUGGGGACGGCAAGGUAGUGUCGGCACAUGGGGAAUGGCUCAAUAUCGUGCAACAGCUCGACAUUCUCAGUCAAGUGACGGGUAAGAAAAUCGCAUACAACAAAGUGACGGAUGAGCAAAGUCGGGCCGGUAUGGUGCAAGCGGGCUUGCCGCCUCAUGCCAUCGACGACAUGAGCGACAUGUUCAAGUUCCAUGGCAUUUGGGAAUCUGUCUACACCCAUAGCAACCGGGAGAAUCUGGCGCGUCAGCCGCGUACAUUCAAGGAGUAUUGCGAACAUGAGGAUUGGAGCCAGGUCUUUGCCUAG